UGGGAGAAAAGACAAAAGUCGCUCAUCUCUUUAUUGAUAGAAUAGAACCUUCUCUCUUGUCCAUACAAAGUCUCGUAAUCCAAUUCCCUUCAUUAAACGAAGAUGAAUAAGACUAUGAUGUGUUGUCCCGCAGCAUCACAGCCACGUCGUCUCCACCUCCAUGGCUACUCCUUUAGUCACCCCUCUCUUCUCUCCGUUAGCUCUUUCUUCAUCAAGAAACCGCCAUUCAUGUCCCAAGACCCUAUUCCAAUCGAAAGAUGGAAAGACUUGCGAUUCUAGUGCAACCCAGAAGCUAAACCAAACAAGAUUACGUAAAACAGAUGGACAGAGAAGGAGGUUUCUGCAAAUGGGUUCUCGAGAGAUGAGCUUCGGGAGAAAACUCUCAACUCAAGCCAUGGAUGGUGCAGGAACAGAAAACACGUCAACAACGAUCUCUCGUAAGGUGUUUGCGGCAACGCACUUGUUGGUGUCGCUUGGGAUCAUACUUGCGGCAGACCAGUUCUUGAAACAGGCUUUUGUAGCAGCGUCCAUCAAGUUCCCUAGCGCUCUCUUCGGGAUGUUCUGUAUUUUCUCCCUUCUUAUGAUAUUAGAUUCCGUUGUCCCCGCUGCUGCGACCGGUAUGAUGAACUUCUUCGAGCCUGCGUUUCUGUUCAUCCAGAGAUGGCUUCCUUUGUUCUACGUCCCUUCUCUUGUGGUUCUCCCUCUCUCCCUCAGAGAUAUUCCGGCGGCUUCAGGCGUCAAAAUCUGCUACAUUGUAGCUGGUGGGUGGUUGGCGUCUCUUUGUGUAGCAGGUUUCACAGCUAUAGCAGUUAGAAAAAUGGUGAAAACCGAGAUGACUGAAGCUGAGCCUAUGUCAAAACCUUCACCAUUUUCAACACUUGAGCUAUGGAGUUGGAGUGGAAUCUUCGUUGUGUCUUUUGUUGGUGCUCUGUUUUACCCUACUUCGUUAGGGACAAGUGCAAGAACUUGUCUCCCUUUCCUUCUUUCUUCUACUGUUCUAGGUUACAUUGUGGGAUCAGGGUUGCCAUCUUCUAUCAAGAAAGUUUUCCAUCCGAUAAUCUGCUGCGCGUUAUCUUCAGUACUCGCUGCUCUAGCUUUUGGAUAUGCUUCAGGGUCUGGACUUGAUCCUGUUUUAGGAGACUACCUAACCAAAGUAGCAUCAGAUCCUGGUGCUGGUGACAUAUUAAUGGGUUUUCUUGGCUCUGUCAUUCUCUCUUUUGCUUUCUCCAUGUUUAAACAAAGAAAGCUCGUGAAGAGGCACGCAGCUGAGAUCUUCACAUCUGUGAUAGUUUCAACACUAUUCUCACUCUAUUCCACUGCUCUUGUUGGACGUUUAGUCGGUCUAGAACCAUCUUUAACGGUGUCAAUCUUACCACGCUGCAUCACGGUUGCAUUAGCCCUUAGCAUUGUAUCCCUCUUUGAAGGAACCAAUUCGUCUCUUACAGCAGCUGUAGUCGUUGUGACUGGUCUGAUUGGAGCUAACUUUGUACAAGUUGUUCUUGACAAACUGCGUUUGCGCGACCCAAUUGCUCGGGGGAUAGCAACUGCUUCAAGUGCUCAUGGACUUGGAACAGCAGCUUUGUCGGCUAAGGAGCCAGAGGCUCUUCCCUUCUGUGCAAUGUUUUUAAACCCGACCCGGACACUGAACCGGACGACUUACCGGGUUGCUGGGUCACUGGAUCGAUCGCGGGCGAACCGCGGAUUAAUAAAUGAAUUAAUUUUAUUAUAUAAUAAUAUAUCAGCUAUGUAAAUAAAAAUAUAAAAAAUAAAGUUUAAUAUUUUCUAAAUAUUUUUAUAAACAUAAAAUAAUAGUUUGGAUAUGUAUAUUUUUAUGUUAAAUAACAUUUAGAAAAUACUUAACUUUAAUUUCUAUAUUUUUAUUUCAUUAGAUAUACAAAAUAUCAAAAAAUAAUUUAGACUAUUUAUAAUUUUGUCUAACAAGAUAAGAGUUAUGACAUCUAAAAAAAUAAAGACAUAAAAUUUAUAAAUAUUUAAAUGUCUAAUGUGAAUAAUAAAUUAAAUUAUACAAAAUAAACCAAAAGUAAAAAAUCAUUAUAAUAAAUUAUCAAUAACGGAAAUAAACUAACACUAAAUCACAUCAACUAGUUUUGGUUCUCUGGCAUAGUGAAAUCUUCAUUAAAAUCUAAAAAUCACAAAUAUAAAAACAAAAAAGGAAAAACCAAACUUUUUUUGUUAGUAUAUAACUUCUUAAUUGAAAAUUUAGAAUAUAAAACAUAAUCUACAAACAUAAUUAAAAAUUAAAAAAAAAAAUAAAAAUUAUUUAUUGGUUCAACCGGUAUCGGGUUCCGGAUUUUACUGGGUUUUUGUGGGUUUCUAAAUAUUGGGUUUUUCACAAAACCCAAACCGGAUUUUUUCUGGGUUGCCGGGUUUACCGGUUCAACCGCGGGUCCGGGUCGGGUUUCAAAACACUGCUUCUGUGCGAUUGCUUAUGCACUCACCGGAAUCUUCGGAUCCUUAUUGUGUUCUGUCCCUGCGGUCAGGCAAAGUUUGCUGGCUGUCGUAGGCUGACGGGGAUGAUGAUGUUGCGACACACAACUGGGAGUCUCAGAAUCUGGCAAGUUACGUUUGUAAAUGUUGUGAAUUUGUAAUGGAAACAAAAUUUGUAAAGUUAAUAUAACACCAACUUAAAAAAAAAAAUCCCAAUAUAUAAAAGGGAUUGACGGAUUGUUUUCGGCCUA